AAGAAUGACCUUUCUUGUGGGUUUAUAUUAAUGAAUGAAUGAAUUAAAUUAAUUAUGUGUACACAAUUACUACCAUUUUCACAGAAUUCACCAAAUCAAAAUCAGGUAUGCAACUGCAAAUAUUAGUAUGCCACAUGUUCAUGUGAUUCCAUUAGCUGCAGCAGUUCUUACAGUUUCAUAGAAACAAGAAUUUCAUAUUCACUUUUCUCCCUUCCAUCUACCCAUAACCCAUGUCUCCCAGCAAGCUUGAUUCCACUGCUUCCUUUGGGCAUGAGGCAAGUGUUUCAUGCUCAAAGCCAGAGAAUGGUUCUGCUGAUUCAGUUUCUGUUUUCCACUCUGAGAAGGCAGUGGAAGAACUUCUUCAACAAACUCCUGUUUCAGGAAUGGAUGAACAUCUUAUGGAGUUCUCAGAAGCUUUGAGAACUGUUGCAAAGGUAUUAAGACGAGCUGCUGAAGGAAAGGCUUCUGCACAAGCUGAGGCUGCUGAAUGGAAACGUAGAUAUGAACUGGAGAGAGCCAGGAAUAUACAGAUGGAGCGUAAAGUAUCAGGCAACAAUAACUUUGAAAUGCUACAACGUCGGUGGAUUCGGUCUUCUCUAGAUAAUGCAAUGGACAUGUUAAGAAUUAUGCUUCCAUGUCUUUUCUUCUGGGAGAUUGGGAAAGAACAAAAUAAGAGAAUAUCAGAAGCUCGAAUGGAAGAUCGGUUGUCUGAGGAGAAAAAUGGUGAUAUUGAUUGUGGGAGGGUAAAGAUAUCUGACAGCCAAUCGAUGCCGCAAAAUAAACCAAAUGAGCAUUCUGAGAAAAGCUGCAUGAAGAAUGGGAUUUGGUCCCAUGAGGUUCUUCGUGACAGAGAAUCAGAUUCAAAUUCCAAUGCAAAUCUUAAUAAGUUGAUGAAUAAGGCGUCGUUUAAACUUUCAUGGUGGUGCAAUGGUGAGAAUGGUGAUCAGCACAAACAUGACAUUGUCUCUUUUGAAAAAGGGAAUAUUACGACAGAAGAACGCAGUAGUAAACAGAUUUCUCUGAAGUGGGAAUCUGACCCACAGACUGUGCUUAUUUUGACAAAACCAAAUUCGGUUUCUGUUCAAAUUCUUUGUAUACAAAUGGUCAGAUGGUUGAAAGAGAAGAAAAAGUUGAAUGUUUAUGUUGAACCACGUGUGAGGGCUGAACUUCUAGCGGAGUCAUCCAACUUCAAUCAUGUACAAACAUGGAAAGAUGACAGUGAAAUUACGCACCUCCACAUGAAAGUCGAUCUGGUGAUAACUCUUGGUGGUGAUGGAACUGUUCUAUGGGCUGCAUCAAUGUUCAAGGGACCUGUUCCUCCAAUUGUUCCAUUUUCAUUAGGUUCUUUGGGCUUUAUGACUCCUUUUCAUAGUGAACAUUUCAAGGAAUGCCUUGAUUCAGUCCUGAGGGGACCCAUCAGUAUAACAUUAAGACACCGCUUGCUGUGCCGUGUUGUUAGAGAUGCAGCUAAAAAUGAGUACGAAACAGAAGAACCUUUCCUUGUUCUGAAUGAGGUUACAAUCGACCGUGGAAUUUCGUCAUACCUCACGAAUCUGGAAUGCUAUUGCGACAAUUCCUUCGUCACAUGCGUGCAAGGAGAUGGUUUAAUUUUAUCGACGACAUCUGGUAGCACUGCAUAUUCAUUGGCAGCUGGAGGAUCAAUGGUCCACCCACAGGUCCCUGGCAUUUUGUUCACACCAAUUUGUCCACAUUCAUUAUCCUUCCGACCCCUGAUACUUCCAGAGCACGUAACUGUCCGAAUAAUGGUGCCAUUCAAUAGCAGAAGUCCGGCUUGGGCAUCAUUCGAUGGAAAGGACCGGAAACUGUUGGCGGCUGGGGAUGCUCUUUUGUGCAGCAUGGCACCUUGGCCAGUUCCUACAGCAUGUCAAGUUGAUUCUACUAAUGACUUUCUACGCAGCAUCCAGGACGGCCUGCACUGGAACCUGAGAAAGGCGCAGUCGUUCGAUGGGCCUCGGGAUACAUAAGGUAAUCUCCCAAUCUUUUAAGCAUGUGUAGAUGGAAUCUAACAUAGACAUGCCAUAUGUUGCCAGUCAUUGUAGGUAGGGGAAAUGUUUCCCCUGUAGGGAGGAGGCAUUGUUUUUGUGGUGCUGCCGAUGAUACAACCAAAAUUGU